AUGGCAUCCAUGGCACCAGUGAAGCAGGAUCACGGUCGGGAGGAGCCCCAGAGCAGUCGCUCGAAGGGCCCGUUCACGGCGGCUGCGAAGGCUCUCUCCACGACAAAAUUCAAUGUCACCGCAGCUCCCUUUGUGAUGAAUCCCGUCAAGGUGGAACGUCAGCACACUCCUAGAAUGGCCUCAUUGUGCUCUUCAAUGUCCCCAUUGGGUUCUCCCGUCCCGCCGGCAUAUCGCAGCAUCCUGGGCAGGGAUCCAAGACCGCGUUCGGGGAUCGCAAGGCCCGUGACGCCCAUGGAGACGGGAAUGGUUGGUUACUUUCCCCCACCACCGCCUUCUAUGAUCAGAAAUUGGAAUUUCAAUUCCCCGCGAUGCUUUGGCGCUCAUUGCCAACCCGAUGGUACAAUACUGAUCAGACUUCGCGAAGGGAUCAGCAUUGAAAUGACUCUGGACAGGGCGGUGAGGGUGCUCAACAAUCACAGCAAGGUUGCCCUAGCGCUGUCCAACACGGGAAACUCCUCAGCCCUCAUUCAUCCCAAUGGAAGAGUUUAUCAGUACGGUUCGAAAGUGGAAAUCGUGGCGUACGAUGGUAUGAGGAAGAACAGCUUUGUGCGUUUCGCCAAGAUGUGGCAGAAGGGCGUGAGCUUCACCAGUCAGAAUUGUGCUCUGGUCUUCUUGGUGGACUCUGCAGGCACCAGAACCACCACCGAUAGCUUCACGGACAUGUCUCAGGACUUCACAAAGUCCAUCUUGUACCGAGACACGCGAUACGGCGAGGAGUACAUCGAUGAGGCCCUGCAAGUCCUCAAGGCAGCUUCGUGGUGGACUAACGAGGAUGGCAACGACACGUUUGACGUGAAUGGGUUCAGAAUUACUCAAACGGCUGAUGGAUUGGUCAGAAUGACACGCACAAAUACCAAGAGUUUAAUCCGCACCAGCCCAGGAAACGGUUCAGCCACUUUGACCACGAAUUUCAUGCACUGCACCGCAUCUCUGGGACAGACAUCGCAUUUGUUUAUCAGGCGAGGAGAGCUUCGUAUGCAUUUCGACGGAAGUCAGUUUGUCGUGAGAAAUGCUGGACAUUCGGCGGGAUUUGAUGACAACAAUCUGCUGAAGGUUUAUUGAUUCCUCAAUCGUCCGGAGGAUUAUAUGUUUCGUUCCAUACUCCAUACAUCUUCAUUUUGGGUUACUUUUGCGCUGUCCGAUCAGCGCACUCAGAUUUUUCUCCAUCAACAACUCGCUCUCUUGUUUUGGCCAGAAAAAAAUUGUGAAAUUCCCUUUCAAAAUCU